UGACUUCAUUCCCGUCAAACUCUCCUUCUCCACCUCUUUUUCUUUCUUCUUCCUUUAUUUUUAUUCUCACAUUUCUUCAUUUCUCAUCUUUCUCUCUCCUCAUUUUCUCCUCCCUCAUUUUCUCUCUCCUCUGCCGGGAUCUUCUCCCGCUCCCGGAUUCCCCAAUUCCCCCAAUUUCCAGGGUUUUUCCACCUUCGAUUCACCAUCAUCUAAUUUAAUUCGAUUUUGAAGGUAUUUUUUAUUUACAUUUUUCUGGAUCUGGGGAAGAAUUCGGUUGGGAAAUCGGGAAUUUGAAAAUUUCCGAUUUCGAUGUCAUCGGCAACAAUAACAUCGUCACCUCUGACCUCAUACUGGUGUUACAGAUGCAACCGAUUUGUUAGGGUUUCAGCUAAUACAAUUUCUAUUUCCACCGCUAUAGCUUGCCCCGAUUGCCAUGGCGGUUUCCUCGAAGAAAUCGACUCGCCGCCUGCACCGCCGCCUCCGCUUCCCUCUCAGCUCUCCUCCUCCCCUCUCUCCGACUCUAGACGACGUCGUUUCCCAGCCGCUGCGAUGUACAUGGUCGGUGGAAACACAAAUUUAAACUCAAACUCUACUUCAUCUCGCGAUUCUCUCUCAUCCAGCCCUAGACUUCGUCGUAGUCGACGGAAUGGAGGUGACAGGUCACCGUUUAAUCCGGUGAUUGUUUUGCGGGCCCCAUCGGAAUCAGACGCAGCCGCCGCUGCUGGUGGAGGGAGCUAUGAGCUUUACUACGAUGACGGUGGAGGAUCUGGUCUUCGCCCGUUGCCCGCCAGCGUAUCCGAGUUCCUGCUCGGGUCGGGUUUUGAUCGGUUGUUGGAUCAGCUUGCACAAAUUGAGAUCAAUGGGAUUGGUAGAGCAGAACAACCGCCGGCAUCAAAAGCGGCAAUUGAAUCGAUGCCGACUAUUGAGAUCGUUAAUGAACAUAUUGAGAGCGAGUGUUAUUGUGCGGUUUGUAAGGAUGCAUUCGAGUUGGGUUCGGAAGCAAGAGAGAUGCCAUGUAAGCAUAUCUAUCACCAUGAUUGUAUAUUUCCUUGGUUGUCUUUGAGAAAUUCGUGCCCCGUUUGUCGGCAUGAGUUGCCUUCUGAUACCACCCGAGUUGACUCACAUUCGCCAGAGUUGAACCCGGGACAAACAGCGAAUAAUAAUAGUAAUAAUAACAAUGUUCAAGGGGGUUUGGCUGAGGGGAAUGAGGAUGAGACUGUUGGGUUAACUAUUUGGAGGUUACCCGGGGGCGGGUUUGCGGUCGGAAGAUUCGCAGGUGGAAGGAGAGGUGAGAGAGAGUUGCCGGUGGUUUAUACAGAAAUGGAUGGUGGGUUUAAUCAAGGAGGUGUGCCAAGGAGAAUUUCUUGGGGUUCUAGAGGUGGGAGGUCCAGGGAAAGUGGUGGAAUUCGAAGGGUUUUCAGGAAUUUAUUCUCUUGUUUUGGUGGGGAAAGAAAUCAAUCACCGUUGGAGGAUUCAGCUAGCUCGAGCUCCGAUUCAAGGGUUAAUAGCCAUAGGAGUGGAGCAACAUCAUUUUUCAGCGCAUCUUCAAGGUCACGAAGCAGGGGUUUUGACAUGGGGAGUCGGAUACGAAGAUUGUGAUGUUAGAAUGGGUAUUCAAAAUUGAAAAUGUGGGUUUAGGUUGGGGGUCAAUUUUUGUACAUAAAACAUGGGAGUGAAGAAGGGAGUCUUGGCCAGAUGAAUUAGGAGAUGGAAGCUAUAUAGGAAAUGGGGGAAAAGAGGUUUAGAGGAGGAGCAAGAAAGUGGAAACCUUGGAGGAGUAUAUGCAAUUUCAGCAAUGUGGAUUGCAUACUUGGGUUUAAAAUGUAAUAUGGUGUAUCCAAUAUAAAUCUGUUUAUUUUCAUCAUUCAAAGGUACCCUUUUUUGAGAAUUUGUAUUUAGUUGUUUGAAACUUGAUAAUCAUUGUUUUACCUUGAAUCAAUUUUUUGUUUAGAAAGAAUCAAAUUAGUCCAAUAAUAUGUGUUCAUCGUUGAGGUGCAA